GCCCCCGGGCCGCUAGUUUGAGACCCCUGUUCUAAACAGUGCAGCGCUAUUAAUUUGAGUUUGAGUGUAUCUAACUAAAACAGCCCAAAUAAAAUGGCUAAAUAAUUUUGCUAUACAUUUAUUGCAAAUAAAAAUUAUUUGAAAUAAAGAAUGCAUGUUUGAUCGAUUGUGAUUAAAGGGGACUACUUUCUGGGUGUAAUGUAAGUGUAAUUACUUGUAAGUGUAAUGAUCCUGUGUGAGUAAUUUGCUUGUGCUUUGGCCAGCUUGAGGUGCCCUUGUACGUGGCCAUGGACGAAGUGUGAGUGUUCAUAAUUAAUGUGUUCAUUGUUCUUAUUAACAGCCCCCUAAUUGAUUACAAAAUCUUAAAAAUGAUAAUACAAUGUGAAGUUUUUCAGUUCUCACUUGUUUCCACCGUAUUUUUUUGGUUGAUUAGAGACUGAGUCUUAAUAGAAAUUAUCUGGUGUCCUCUCCUCUGUGUUGUGCUACUUUGUGUAGAUCUGGUCCGUGUAGAGCUAGUCAGUCUGUAGAACUAGUUUAUGUAGCUCUAGUAUGUAAAUGUAGACUGUGUAUCUGUAGUUUGUGCAGCUAUAGUUUGUGUCCGUGUGUUCGGUUGAGGUUGAUCAGAUGUGGUUAUCUGUUGUCCCAUGUGGGGUCGGUGAUGCUGGAUGCCAGUGACGACAGACACACAGGGUCCGUCCCUAAGGCCUGGGAUAGGCUCGGGACGAUAACACGGCAACAGUUUUCUAAGGCUGUAUCGAUGGAAGCCCCAGAUAACAGCCUCUUAAAUUCCGAUCAAAGGGAUGUUGUAGUCCUGCAGGCUGACCUUAAGGAACAUCUCUCCCUGUCUGAGGUGGAUGGAAGACUCAGUGUGUCGGGGUGGACGGGCCAGCCGCUGGGUCUGUUCCGGGAGGGAGACCAGUUCCUAGCUCUGAACGACCUGCUCACCUGCAGCAUGGUGGAGUUUCAUGCCUACCUCAGCAGAUCCCUAAAAAAACAGGUCAAAGUGACCAUCUUGCGUCACCUGAAAGUCCCCAUCCACCGUCGCCACAGUUUACCUCACAGUCUGUGAGCUAAACUUUGCAGGUUUAGACUUACAAGAGUUUGUAAUUCUGGGUAUAAUUUUAUCAUAAAAUGGUUGGAAGUUCGCCUUUGACACCCAGCUUGUGACAUUGUGAGAAUUCAAAUGCAAGGGCUUUCAUCCGCAGACCAUAGGCUCAAUCACUAUUGUGAUACCUCAUUCGGUGAUGGAUAGUUACUUACAUUACCUUACAUUUAUUGAAACGAGAUUCGAGAUUCUUCGAGAUUGCCACUAUAAGUCAUCAUUUACGCUAACUGAAAAAUGUAGUCAACUUGAUUCAUCUACAUACACUAAAAAGCACUUAAUCCUGCACUAUAUCACUUUUCCACUGCAGCUAUUCACUCCAUUAAAAAGUAUCUGAACUAGAACAUUUCUCAAGAGUAAAGUGUGCCUCUCCACGAGUCAUUCGAUCCCGGGAAUUUUCUCUCUAAAUUACUUUCCUCAGGCUUACUUUUGUUCUCCAGUUAAUAAUUCAUCUCCAAUCUGAACAUUAUAUUAUUGGAGAGAAGAGGUCUAGCCAUCCCUUUGAAGAAUACAAAGCCUUCUGUCUGAAACUCCCAGACGUGUGUGUGACAGCGGUCAGUGGUAUUACUAUGAUGACAGCAACUUGAUGUAUUCUAUAGAGGAGCAGAUAGUGUCACACACACACACACACACACACACACACACACACACACACACACACACACACACACACACACACACACACACACACACACACACACACACACACACACACACACACACACACACACACACACACACUUUAUCGUUUAGCAGACUACGCUUUAUCCAUAGCAAGUACCCCCUUACAA